CUCAGACUCAUCGUCAGGAUUGUGUUCGCUAGAAUGUUUCUCAAAAGAAUGCGAAGGCUGUUUAUUGUAUUAUUAUUGUAAUAUUUUAAAAUAGUAUCGAAGUUAAAUGAAUUACACUUAUUUGUUUUUUUUUUGACUGUAGUUUUUUGUUGUGACAGUGAACUUCUUGGAAUCUCGUACGGAAAAUGCAGUGGUACGAUGUGAAUUAAAAAUAAAGAAAAACAUUUGUUUAGCAUGCUUAAAAUGCAGUGCAAGACUUGAACGAUUUUCGAUAAGGCGACACGUAAAGUAGGUAUGAUUAAAGAAAAUGUGAGUUGGCAUUCUGUGCGUGUUACGUGAACGACAUGGCGUCGAGCAGCGUCUUCCGUUUCCUGGUGCUCCUGGCCGCUCUCAUCUGGAUCCUCGCUGACGAGAAGAACGUGACCAGGGAGAGGAAACGAUCCCCAAUAAACGGGAGCUGGUUCAACAUGGGCCUAAUGGAGUUCGAGAAGUGGUCGAACCAAAGCGGAAUUUUCACGGAGAGGUCCCGUCUCUGCGCCCGGAUCCGUGGUCUGACGCCGGGCCAACGCCGCGUCUGCCGACGUCACAAGGACCACAUGCCCGUGGUCAGCGACGGCGUCAAGAAGGGCAUCGGCGAAUGUCAAUACCAGUUCCAAGGACGACGUUGGAACUGCACAGUCAUGGGCGAAACAGUUUUUGGGCCUUUGACUUUUAUUGCUUCCAGAGAAACAGCUUUCACUCAUGCGAUCACGGCCGCCGGGGUCUCCGUGGCAGUGUCUCGUGCCUGUCGCGAUGGUCGUCUGACCAGCUGCGGCUGUGGGACGGGCCCGCGACCUCGGAACCUGCACAGCGACUGGGUUUGGGGUGGCUGCGGGGACGACCUGGAGUACGGCUACAAGUUCACCGAAGGCUUCGUCGAUAUAAGAGAAAGAGAAGGUAAAGUGAAACGCGGCAGUCGGGAGCAGGGUCGCCAGCUGAUGAACAGACACAACAACGAGGCUGGUAGACGGGCGGUGAUAGCAAAAUCACGGGUGACUUGCAAAUGUCACGGAGUGUCGGGAUCCUGCAGCCUGAUCACGUGUUGGCAGCAGCUAGCGUCUUUUAGGGAGAUCGGCGAUUAUCUGAGAGACCGAUACGAAGGCGCAACAGAAGUGAAAGUUUCGAGACGAGGGAAGCUGCGUCUCAGAAAUCCGAGGUACAGCCUGCCGACAGCACAAGAUCUGGUGUACUUGGAAGAGUCGCCGAAUUACUGUGUCAAGAAUGAGUCUUUGGGCUCCCUCGGUACUUCUGGCCGAGAAUGCAACAGGACUUCCUUAGGCUUAGACGGGUGCUCAUUACUGUGCUGCGGAAGAGGUUACAACACUAAAAGAAUAAUGAUGAAAGAACGAUGUCAGUGCAAGUUCCACUGGUGCUGCCACGUGAAAUGCAAUACUUGUGUCAAAUCCACCGAACUUUAUACUUGUAAAUAAUCAUAUGAUCUGCUUAUUUUCGGAACGUUCAUGCCGGAAUAAUUGACCUAGUGUUUACACGGAAAAUAUUCAGUGCAGAAUUAUGAGUAAUAUCUAAUGGUAGUAGGAGAAUUUUUUUAGAGGGAGAUUUUAAAAGUUAUUAUUAAAGCAAUAAUGUUCUUGUUGAAACGGUAUGAAAAAAUAUGCUGUCUAGAUUGUAUUCAGCGAACAAAAGCCCACAUAAUUUCAUUUACGAUUUAAAACGAAUGUUACUGGUAAUGGUAUUUUGGGAUUUUAAAUUUUGAAAUUUCCCGCCAACUUAACUUGCCCGGUACCCGCGCGUCACUAGCGCUACGCAUUGCCACAGUGUGUGCAACGUUUGAAAAAAGUCAGUCGUGAAAUCAUUAGCAGUUGGCAGUAAAUCCGUAUUUUAUUAAACUUUAAAAUUCAAUAAAACUAUGAGCCAUCGUACAUUUACAAUCCUUAGUAUUUUUAACCGACUUCAAAAAAGGAGGAGGUUCUCAAUUCGACUGCAUUUUUUUAUUUUUGUUAUCUCAUAACUUUUGACUGGGUGAAUCCGUUUUUUUUAUUAGAAAGCUGACGCUUCCCGUGUGGUCCCAUUUCAAUUUAGUCCAAGUCUUAAACUUGCAUUAAGUACGUGCGCGACAAAUAGAUGAAAAAUUCAAUAACUGAAUAUCACGCCAACCGAUUUCGAUGAUUAUUGUUUUUAGUGUAUAUUAAUUUGUUUUGGAAUAUCUUUUUUAUUCUAUUUGAAGUCGGUUUUUGUUAAAGCAUGUCUAUUUAUUGAGAACGUGUUUCAUAAUUAUUAAGGUUUUAUUUUAAACUAUACUAGAUACGUUAAAUUAUGAAGUUUUAGUUUUAUUGUGAGAUAUCUUAAAUGUGUACAGAAGUAAUCUUAUAUAUUAUUUUACGCUAAGACUAUUAAUAAUUAUUUAUAAUUAUGUAUGUAGAGUGGUAUAUAAAAAAUACUUAUACCUAAAUAAUUAUAGUAAAUCAAAUCAAAUGAAAUCAAAUCAAAAAUUUUUUAUUCAACAUAAAUGAAAGUACAUACUUGUUGAACGUCAAAAGAACUACCGCCAAUUCACAAGAACUAGCCUCCGUCCUGAGAAGAAUUGGCAAGAAACUCAGCGGGCAUGUCUUUUUUUUUACAUAUAGAAUUAUUAUUUAUUUAUUUUUUAAUAUUAUUAUUUUUUUAAAUAUGAAUUUUUUACACUGAGUAUUAUAACGUAACAAUUACUACAAUAUUGAAAUGCCUGGAGCGAGCAACUCAUUCCCACUUUGUAAAACUGUAGUAAAAAAUUAUAACAGUUUUUUUUGUUGCAUAAAUGUGUAGACGAGCUCACAGCCCAUCUGGUGUUAAGUGGUUACCGGAGCCCAUAGACAUCUACAGCUAAAUGCCGACCUCCACCUUGAGAUAUGAGUUCUAAGCUCUCAAGUAUAGUUACAACGGCUGCCCCACCUUUCAAACCGAAACGCAUUACUGCUUCACGUCAGAAACAGGCAGGGUGGUGGUACCUACCCGUGCGGACUCACAAGAGAUCUUACCACCAGUACGUCAUUAAAAUUUUAUGUGAUAUUUUAUACUAGAUUAAAUACCCAAGACCUCACAGCACAUUGCGUAGUGGAGCAUUUAGACAUCACAACGUAAUUUCUGUCGCGUAGAUGACAUAAAAAGAGAAAUAAAACUAGUGCUAAGGAUACUCAUAUAACAGUCUGAUACUCAGUGUUCAUGCCAGUGCCCUCAAUUCUUUUAUAGCAAUGUUAAAUAUGCUAGCCUUCUAAGGUGCUAAGCAUCACAGUAUAAUGAAUGAAUGAUUUAUUUUAUUUCAGACAACAACAACAAGUCCAUAUGUGUACAUAGUAUCAUUGAAACAUACUUAACAUUACCAAAACCAAUCAUAUAAAAAAGAUACAUUUUUUUUAAAUAAUUAUCAGUAACAUAUUAUUGUAUUUCGCAAUCAUUCAAUCAUUCACUACCCGCUCUUCAACCACGCUGUACAUCUCUCAAUUUAAAUAUUAUAAGAAUAAUAUCAAUUGCUAGAGUUUUAUUACCACAAGAAGCUCCCUAUGUAUCUCAAGCCGGUACACUAAGUAACGGCUUAGUAGAUUGAGAGGCUAAGGAUAGGGUAUGAUAGUAGUUAGGUAGUUCUUAUUCAAAAUUGGACAGAACUUUGUGAAGCGAUGCAUUGCUCUUCAAGCAUGAAUUGUCUCUGAUCACUAUCACUCAUGGAUAACGAUUAGAGCUAAAAGCUAAAGGCACAGUCAAAUUGAUUACCGGGACUAUGAAACUGAAUCGAUAUAAUAGAUGAAUAUAAAAAUACAACUUCGCCUUAUUGUGUCACCACACAUCAACUUUGUUAUAUCUGUGGACUCCGGUAAACAUUAGCACAUGUGUGCUUAUUGCGAGUAUUUUAACGUUCUCGACAGCGUAAACGUUAAUUCAAAUUUGUAUAGAGUUGGAACGUUUGCGUACGUUUGCCGCUAGGGGCGCUGUUCCAACUGCAUACAAAUUUGAAUUAACGUUUACGCUAUCGAGAACGUUAAAAUACUCGCACUCAGCACACAGAUGGCCUACUAACUUGUUUACUCAGCGAAUGUAAUUUAAAACAUGCAGUGUAUUUCAUCAUUACAGAAAAAGAUCAUUCGAUAAAUGUAUCAAACAGAUUUUUGCUAAAUAUGUUGUAACAUUAACGAUUCGUCCAACUGUAGAUUGUUUUUGCCAAUUAAAUACAAAUAUUGUAAAUAAAAUGAUAAAAUCCUCAAGUGGUCAUCAACAUUUACAUUAACUUUUAAAUUAAAAAAUUAUCUGCAUUAGAAUGUCGUUGUAGUGAAUUUGGUUAGUGAAUUAAAGUACAUAAUUUAAUGCAUGCCAUUGUACCUUUAAAUCUAUGACUCUUAGAGGCUAUUUAUUGUAUGAAAUAAAUGUAAUUGUUAAUUAA